UAACACGUUCAGUGCCACCGACUCGCCCGGCGAGUUCACGUAAAUUUUAUUCCAGUGCCGACGACUCGCCUGGCGAGUUCAGUGUUUUUCACCAAUAUUUCGAAAAUGCAUCCGUAUUUUCUGCUCAAAAUUAUAGUUUAGACUAAAUAUAUGCUAAACUAAAGAUUUACGAGGUGGGCCGGGUGCGGAGACCCCGUUUAUAUUUGAAUGGAAAAAAACUAUUCUGCAAUGCCUUGAACUCGCUAGGCGAGUUCGCUGCCAUAGAUCCUCAACCUUUUAAAGUAAAUAUGUCGCGACGUCAACAUAGUAGCAAGGACUACCUACAUACUUGUGAUAUGGAACCAAUAUACCACAAACUACAGUGGAAUCUUAAUAACUCGAAUGUUAAGGGAAAUGCUAACAAUUUCGAACGAGUUAUCGACUUACCAAGAACUUCGAGAUACAUAUGAUUUAAAUGCGCUGAAACUUCGACUUAAAAAUUAAUACUGACGGACAAGCUCCGUUAAAAGUAAUCGUGUCGACAAGGAACAAACAUAACACAGCUGUGUUACUUAUAAAGUUUUAUGAUUGUUUUCAUUCAUUGCACGUGUAUAAGACAAAAACAAUAGAUUAGAAGCCCCGAACCCGAACAUUCAUUUUGGAUUUUAUUGCUAUUAUUUCGGGGAAUUCCAAGUAAGACGUCAUUAUAUUGUACUAACUACGACUUACGGAGUCUCCUUUUAGAAAUUCGAGUUAUAGAGUAUUACAUAAAUAUGUACUAUCAAUACUUCGUUGCCAGCCUUAUACGGCCCGGCGACAGCAAUUUGGAUGCUGCCUUUUAUAUCUAGUUUAUUUUCCUUUAUUUUUCCUUUCCUUAUAAAUUUAGUUAAAUAGAUUUUUUAUACACAAUGUUUUAUAUAAGUAAUAAUAUAGUUUUUAAUUUAAUUGUAAUUUUAAGAUAGAUUUAAUUUUUUACCCUGUUAUUAAGCCAAGUAAGAAUAUAUAAUAUAUAAAUACUUCGUAGGGAAAUAACAUUUUGUUCAAGUUAUAUAGUCUUAAUAAUUUAAGAUAUCGCGUAUCUAGGGGUUCAGUGGAAGGGAAUGGCAAUUCUUUUCGACUUAACGAGGUUCGAGUUAUAGAGAUUCCAUCUUAGUUUCAUUAGAAUAAAAAACAAGCUUAAGAAAUACAGAGUUAUCAUAAUAUUUGAGAUCACAUAAAUCUUGUGGCUUUGCAAAGGGUUGAAAAUGUUUUUUUAUAAAGGGUCGGCAUUGAUAAAGCUGCUGGCAAAAAAACAACAGCGCGCCGCUGUUUUUGAAGAACAAAAGCACUGAUAACAUUGUUUUUUGCGAAGCUCUCAUUGGCUAAUGUUAAAUCGCACUCCAAGAAUGCACUUGCAACUAAAUAUUCAAUUUCAGUGCUCUGUACGACCCUUUCGUCAUCGCAUGCGUUUAUCUGUUCUCUACUUUAGUGACCUGGCUUACAUUUACUGGACUCCCGUGUUUUGAUUACCUUGGCUUGCGAUUACUGGACUUGUUUGAGUGCUGUUUCGACUAUACCUUUGCUUACGAUUACCGGACCUGUUAGAUACUGUUUGAACUACUUUGGCAAACGUUUACUGGACUUUGAGUGUUCUCGUGUCUACCUUAAGUUGCCACAGCUGGAAUUUUGAAAAUCGGUUAUGGAUUCUUACGACAACCCAGUACCUGGAACUUCUCAUUCCUGGGACGAUCCUGCUUGGAAUACCCUCCACAUCGAGGAGACACUCGCAGUUAUGGAUUCGUUUAUCGAAGAACCAAACAGAGAAGAAACAAAUUUACUUAUCCAUUCACCUCAAUAUCCAAUCACGGAUUCUGAAUUAUUGGGGAUAUUGUCAGAAAAUGUAUUGGAUGAAUUGGAGACAGAUAAUGAUGGUGACUCUGAUCCCGAAUUUUUCGAAAAUGCACAUGAAAAUGCUCAAGAAGACUAUGUUACGCCUGGUGAAGCAUGGUUUCCCGGAAACCCGACAUCUAAUAUAACCGAAUUCCAAUUCCUGAAGACCCCCGGACUGAAAGAAGAUGUUGGUGAUGAGCCUAUUAAUUAUUUCGACGCAUUGUGUUCUUCUAAUCUGCUGGAAUUACUUAAAGACUGCUCCAAUGAAUAUGGAGAAAUAGAAAAAAAAUCUACCGCGGCCACAAAAAGCAGAAAAAAAUCUUGGAAGCCUGUAACCAGUCAAGAAAUGAAAUUGUUUUUCGGUCUCAUAUUUCAUAUGGGAUUUAUAAAGAUAAAUCGCUUGAAUGACUACUGGAAAAACGAUGCGUAUUUUGAUCAACCUAUAUUUGGAAGGGCAAUGUCACGGAAUCGAUUUAUUUUAAUUUUGAGAAUGUUAUGUGUGUAUGUAGGACAAGUGACGUGCAGUUAUGAUAAAGUUAAAAAUAUAAUCGAUUACUUUAAUGAAAAAAUAUUAUCUUUAUAUUAUCCAACAAAAAAAAUUACCAUUGACGAAUCAAUGAUGUUAUGGCGGGGACGAUUGUCAUUUAGACAAUAUAUGAAGGGAAAGCGCCAUAAAUACGGCCUAAAAUUCUACGCACUGGCUGACCAGCUCGGGGUUAUUAUGAAACUACAUUUAUACGGCGGUGCAUCUGAUGCUCUCGUAGGCGGCAAAAAUCACGUGCAAAAAGUAGUUGACCACUUGCUUCAUGAUUUUAUUAAUGUAGGACAUCAUUAG